CUUAUUGUACUACAAAACUCCUUUUUUCACUCCUAAUCAGGGAGUGUUCAAGUUCAAUCAUUGAAAAUAACCAACUCUCUCCUUCUCUACAUCUUUUACUUCGUUCUUUGUGAGUUGAAAAUCCGUGCUUGCUUUGAGUCUUUUCUGUGUUGAUCCUAAAUUCUUCUUCAAAACAGUUCCCUUUUUUUAUUUUACUUACUUUUUACUUUUGAGUUUAUGGUUUACGCUACAUGAAUCAUGGGAAAUGUUUCUUCAGUAUUACAGUUUCAUUAUAACGCGUGUUCCAACUUGCUCCAUUGCAUGUCUCGAGGUUAAGGGGUUCAAGUCCAAUCUAUAGUAAUGAAAAUGCCUGUUCCUAAUGGAGAAGAGCAGAUUCUGUUACCUGAAACUGAAAAUGCAAGUGAGGUUUCGAAAUCACCCUCAUUGGAUUUGAACCCAGAUUCAGUUGAUGGGUCCCCACCUGUUUCCACCGUUUACACUGAUGUGGGUGUCGUCCCAGAACACCAAAAGAACGAGCUUGAGCACUUGAUAUCCAAUUUAGAAGGUGAAAUUGAGGAGCUGAGGCUCAAGCAGAAGAAAUUGGAUAAAAAGCGGAGAGAAGAAUUAAGCAAGAUAUUGGACAUCAAAGGGAGCAUUCGAGUAUUUUGUAGAAUUCGACCGAAUCUGGUUACAGAGAAGAGAAAAUUUUCUGAACCGGUAUCGGCUGGACCAGAGAAAAUUCGGGUUAAGUUCGGGGGGACGAGGAAAGAUUUUGAGUUUGAUAAGGUUUUUACCCAAGAAGCAAGCCAAGAGAGUGUUUUUGUGGAGGUUGAGCCAAUUCUAAGAUCUGCAAUGGACGGGCACAAUGUGUGUGUUUUUGCCUAUGGUCAAACAGGCACAGGCAAGACAUUCACCAUGGAUGGUACAAACGAGGAGCCAGGAAUUAUUCCGCGUGCACUUGAAGAGCUCUUUCGUCAAGCCUCUUUGGAUAAUUCAUCUUCUUUUACUUUUACAAUGAGCAUGUUGGAAGUUUAUAUGGGCAAUCUCAGGGAUUUGUUAUCUCCAAGACAGUCUGGCAGACCACAUGAACAAUAUAUGACAAAGUGCAAUCUCAAUAUUCAAACAGAUCCAAAGGGAUUGAUUGAAAUUGAGGGUCUCUCAGAAGUGCAAAUUAGUGAUUAUGCUAAAGCCAAAUGGUGGUACAACAAGGGCAAACGGUUCAGAUCCACCUCUUGGACUAAUGUGAAUGAGGCAUCAAGCAGGUCACACUGCUUGACGAGGAUAAGCAUAUUUCGGCGUGGGGAUGCAUUGGAAGCCAAAAGUGAAGUAAGUAAAUUGUGGAUGAUUGAUCUUGGAGGCAGCGAAAGGUUGCUUAAAACUGGAGCCAAAGGACUAACACUUGAUGAGGGCAGAGCCAUUAAUCUUUCCCUUUCAGCUUUAGCUGAUGUUGUUGCUGCUUUGAAGAGAAAGAGGUGUCAUGUGCCUUACAGGAAUAGCAAGCUGACUCAAAUACUGAAAGAUUCUCUUGGGUAUGGCUCAAAGGUGUUGAUGUUGGUGCAUAUAAGCCCUUCUGAAGAGGAUGUUUGCGAAACAGUUUGUUCCUUAAAUUUUGCAAAGAGAGCGAGAGCAAUAGAGUCCAACAAAGAAGUGCCAGUGGAAGUGAAGAAGCAAAAAGAGAAGAAGAUUAUGGAGCUAGAGGAAGACAUCAAGGAAGCCGAAAAACAGAGCCAGAAUUUAAGGGAACAAAUACAGCAGAUUGAGUUGAAGUUAAAUGAGAGUAAAAAGCUCUUAUUUACCACAUAUAGUCUUGUGGAAAGUGAUGACAUUGCAACCUCAAUUAGCCCCAAAGAUGAUGUCAAAGAGGUCAUUGAAACCCCUAAAGCAUCCAAGAAGUCCAUUAAAAGAAAUUUCACCAAUUCAAUGCCUCGAUUCAUGACUUCAACUGUUGCAAGUCGCCAAAGGCAAAGUGCUGCAGAACGAGACAUUGGUACUGUGAGAUUGAAAAGUUUUAGAUCAAUUGCCUCUAAAAGUUCCAUCAAUUUUUCAUAUUCCCAAUCAUUGAGUUAUUCAGAUUUCCGCAUCAAAGCAAUACUGCGAAGUUCAAAUGGAAAAUCUCGGUACGCUGAAGCAGAUAGUGUUCCAAUUCCAAAGACUGUUCUCACAGAAAAGCCUAAAUGCAACAAUGAUUUGGAACCAAAAGUCACAACUCCUCGAAGCAAGAUGGUUACAUCAUCAGACCAAAACUUUAGAGUUUCAUUGGGUCGUCACAGAAGAAGGAUGUCUGAUUUGAUCUAAAGGUUCAAAAGACAUCUUGGUUGCAGAUUUUUUAAUGUGGUGAAGGGAUUGCAUGUUUAACUUUUUGCAGUUUAUAUUUGUCUGUAACAAAUAGUAGCGAGUGGUAUAUGAAUAGGUGUGUUUUCUUGAUCUUUUCUGGGUUGGGAUCUGUUAAUUACUUCAUUAACAUGAUCAUUCUCUGUUUUUGAGCUUAUUGGGUCUGAUUAGUCAUUUGCUUAUGUGAUUGUGUAACUAUUUGGGGCCACUAACUUUCACUGAAGUUUGUCAUCAUGACCUUUUAUAUGAAUACAACACUUAUUUAGCCUUGACUA